AUGCCCCCGUCAUUCGGAAACCUCUCCUCUCUUCACGUCUUCGCAACAUCUUCAAAUGAUCUUGACGGUACGAUUCCAGAGACUCUUGGUUGGCUUAGAAAUCUGAAAGUGCUCGUUCUCAACAUGAAUAAGUUUGUCAAUAUGAUUCCUAUCUCAAUCUUUAAUAUAUCCACUCUGACAAUUCUUUCUGCGGGUGAAAACCAAUUAGAGGGGGGCUUACUCAUUGACUUAGGCUUCACUCUUCCGAAUCUCCAAAGAAUUGGUUUGUUUGACAAUCACCUCAUCGGACCCAUUCCUGAGUCAAUAUCCAACAUAUCUAAUCUCGGUCAAAUCCAACUCAAGUCGAACAACUUUAUUGGAAAAGUUCCUUCUUUCUCAAAGAUGAGAGGACUCUAUUGGUUUAGCAUCAGCAGUAACAACUUUGGAAGUGGGCAAUAUGCUAAUCUUGACUUCUUGUGCUCUUUAACCAAUUCUACAAACUUGGAGUAUUUUAAUGUAGAGAGCAAUGCUUUUAGAGGACCAAUCCCAGGCUGUAUCGGUAACCUCUCUAUCUCUCUUUCAAGAUUUGGGUUAGGUUACAAUUACAUUUCUGGAACCUUACCUUCUAGAAUCGGAAAUCUCAUCAAUAUGGAGCUCCUACAGAUAGUAGGCAACAACAUCUCGGGAAAAAUUCCUCCUGAGAUCGGAAAUCUGAUCAAACUGAAGUAUUUGGAUCUCGGUUCAAAUAAUUUCUCAGGGCAGAUACUAGAAUUCAUCGGGAAUUUAAGGAUGUUAACCAAAUUGUACUUGGACAGCAAUAAUUUCCAAGGCUCGAUACCAUCAUCUCUAGGAAAUUGCCAUAAUCUACUUCUCUUGGACCUUUCAACCAAUGACCUCAACGGUAAUAUUCCCCCAAAAAUUGUGGGCCUCUCAUCUUUGUCGAUUUAUCUCAACUUGUCACAAAAUAGUCUUACUGGCUCCCUUCCCGGAGAAGUUGGAAAUUUGCGAAAUCUCAAUGAAUUAAGUCUUAAUGGGAACAAAUUAUCUCAACAAAUCCCACGCAGUAUCGGUAGUUGUACAUCCAUGGAGCGCCUAUAUGUACAGGAUAACUUUUUUGAAGGGCCCCUACCAUCAACUAUGAGUUCCAUGAGAGGCCUUCAAGUUUUGAACGUUUCGAAAAACCGAUUGUCGGGCCAAAUCCCGGAAUAUCUAGCAUCACUAAAUCUAAUGAAUUUGAGCCUAUCCUACAACGAUUUUGAGGGUGCAUUGCCUACAGGAGGAAUUUUCAGAAGCGCCAUUUCAACUUCAAUUGUUGGAAACAAGAAGCUUUGUGGGGGUUUGCUAGAUUUUCAACUACCGAAAUGCGACUAUGAAGAGUCAAAACAAAGGAGAAUAAGUGGAACUGCUAAAGUUUUGAUAUCCGUAGUCUCUGCUCUUGUAGGAGUAGCCUGCAUAUUGUUUCUGUUAUACUUCUUCUGGUUUAGACACAAUAAGAAAGUGUCUACUUCAAGCUCUUCUGAAGAUGGGUUUUUGCAUGUUUCUUAUCACAGUCUACUAAAAGCGACAGGUGGAUUCUCUUCCACCAAUUUGCUUGGCGUGGGCAAUAUUGGGUCCGUGUAUAGAGGACUUCUUGAUCAAACUCAGUUGAUUGUGGCCGUCAAGAUUCUCGACCUUACAUGUCAUGGAGCUUCCAAUAGCUUUGUAGCAAAGUGCGAGGUCUUGAGAAGAAUCCGACACCGUAAUCUUGUGAAGGUGCUCACCGUGUGUUCUGGGUUUGAUUUUAAAGGAAAUGAUUUCAAGGCACUGGUCUAUGAAUUCAUGCCAAAUGGAAGCUUGGAUGAGUGGUUGCACCCAAUUGCAUCACAAUAUACAGAGAGAAGCAAGUUGAGUCUACUUGAGAGAGUGAACAUUUCCAUUGAUGUUGCUUGUGCACUAGAUUAUCUCCAUCAUCACUAUGAAAUGCCAAUAGUUCAUUGUGAUCUAAAGCCAAGCAAUAUCCUUCUUGACGAUGAAAAGACUAGACAUUUGGGCGAUUUCGGGCUUGCUAGGUUCCUCCCAGAAGCAAUGCAUAAGUUACUGGCCAAUCAAUCAAGCUCUGUCAAAGUCAAAGGAUCUUUCGGCUACAUAGCUCCAGAGUAUGGCAUGGGAAGUGUGGUAUCCACACAAGGAGAUGUGUAUAGCUUUGGGGUCCUCAUUUUGGAGAUGUUCAUAGGCAAGAGGCCAACCAAUGACAUGUUUGAAAAUGGGUUGGACCUUCAUCACUUUGCAAAGGCAACUUUGACGGACCGAGUGGAGAAGGCAAUUGAUCCCGUUCUGCUUCAAGAAAUUGAGGAAUUGAAUAAGACACAAAGAGUCACUCCGAAGGGCAAGAACAAAAGCUGGAGCAACAUUCAGGACUGUUUGGCUUCAAUUAUCAAAAUAGGAGUCGCUUGCUCUUCCAAGUCUCCAAGGGAACGAAUGGACAUCGGUGAUACAUUGACUAAACUCCAAGGAAUCAAGAAGAAAUUUCUUAAUUUCAUUGUCAUUGCCUAG